CCCCCCCGCCUCACCCAACCGAGGAGGCGGUAACAAGAUGGCGGCGUCGGGUGGCGGAGCGGAGACCCCGGGGGAGCCGGGUUGGGAGGUGGCGGUGCGGCCGCUGCUCUCCGCCUCCUACUCGGCCUUCGAGAUGAGGGAGCUGCCGCAGCUGCUGGCCUCGGUCAUCGAGAGUGAAUCUGAAAUCCUGCACCAUGACAAACAAUAUGAGCCCUUCUACUCUUCCUUUGUUGCGCUCUCCACUCAUUACAUCACUACAGUGUGUGGCCUAAUCCCCAGGAACCAGCUGCAGUCCGUGGCAGCUGCUUGUAAAGUUCUGAUUGAAUUCUCACUACUGCGACUUGAAAACCCAGAUGAGGCAUGUGCUGUUUCACAGAAACACCUGAUUCUGCUGAUAAAGGGGCUCUGCACUGGCUGCAGCCGCCUGGACAGAACUGAAAUUAUUACUUUCACAGCAAUGAUGAAAUCAGCCAAGCUGCCUCAGACCAUCAAAACCCUCUCUGAUGUGGAGGAUCAGAAAGAGUUGGCCUCUCCAGUGAACCCUGAACUGCGACAGAAAGAGGUGCAGAUGAAUUUCCUGAACCAACUAACAUCAGUUUUUAACCCUAGAGUGACAGCAUCGCCAUCUCUUGUUCCAGACACCCAGGUGGAAGGAGAAAGUGAUAAUCAGACAUCUACAGAUCAAGCCUCUGCGGCGAAGACCAAAAGUAUAUUCAUUGCUCAGAAUGUAGCCAGCCUGCAAGAGCUUGGUGGCUCUGAAAAGUUGCUGCGAGUGUGUCUGAAUCUACCUUACUUCUUGCGAUACAUAAAUCGAUUUCAGGAUGCAGUGUCGGCCAACUCGUUUUUCAUUAUGCCGGCCACAGUAGCAGAUGCCACCGCAGUUCGCAAUGGGUUUCAUUCGCUAGUGAUAGAUGUGACCAUGGCAUUGGAUACUUUGUCUCUCCCUGUGUUGGAGCCCCUGACACCCACACGGCUGCAGGAUGUGACUGUUCUUGCCCUCAGCUGCCUUUAUGCAGGUGUGAGUGUGGCAACAUGCAUGGCAAUCCUGCAUGUGGGCAGCACCCAGCAGGUACGAACUGGAUCCACAAGCUCUAAAGAAGAUGAUUACGAAAAUGAUGCUGCCACCAUUGUACAGAAAUGUCUUGAAAUAUAUGAAAUGAUUGGUCAAGCCAUCAGCAACUCGCGCCGUGCAGGGGGAGAGCAUUAUCAGAAUUUCCAGCUGCUUGGAGCCUGGUGUCUGCUCAACAGCCUCUUCCUCAUCUUGAACCUCAACCCCAUUGCCCUGGCCGAUAAGGGAAAGGAGAAAGACCCACUGGCUGCUCUUCGAGUCAGAGACAUUAUUGCUCGUACCAAAGAGGGAGUUGGGUCUCCCAAGCUGGGACCUGGGAAGGGACAUCAGGGGUUUGGUGUUCUGUCAGUGGUGUUAGCAAAUCAUGCCAUCAAACUCUUAACAUCCCUCUUUCAAGAUCUGCAGGUGGAGGCACUACACAAGGGAUGGGAGACUGAUGGUCCUCCAGCAGUGCUGAACGUCAUGGCUCAGAGCACAUCAAUUCAGAGGAUUCAACGUCUGAUUGAUUCCGUACCACUCACUAAUCUGCUGCUGACUUUGCUCUCCACUUCUUAUAGAAAGGCUUGCAUCUUGCAACGUCAGAGAAAGGGUUCCGUGAGCAGUGACGCGAGUGCCUCUACUGAUUCUAAUACCUACUAUGAGGAUGACUUCAGCAGCACAGAAGAGGACAGUAGUCAGGAUGAUGACAGCGAACCCAUCCUUGGGCAAUGGUUUGAAGAAACGAUUUCUCCAAGUAAAGAGAAAGUGGCCCCCCCGCCGCCACCUCCCCCACCUCCCCUGGAGAGCUCCCCUAGAGUGAAAAGCCCCAACAAACAGACUACUAGGGAGAAUGGGAACAUCCUGGCCAGCCGCAAGGACCCAGAAUUGUUUUUAAGCCUGGCUUCCAAUAUUCUGAACUUCAUUACUUCCUCCAUGCUGAACUCCAGGAACAACUUCAUUCGCAACUACCUGAGUGUGUCUCUUUCAGAGCAGCACAUGGCCACGCUGGCUAGCAUCAUCAAGGAAGUGGACAAAGAUGGGCUGAAGGGCACAUCAGAUGAGGAAUUUGCUGCUGCAUUGUAUCACUUCAACCAUUCGUUGGUGACCUCGGACCUACAGUCCCCUACCUUGCAGAACACUCUUCUACAGCAGCUGGGAAUAGCCCCUUUCUCUGAAGGACCAUGGCCUCUGUACAUCCAUCCUCAGAGUCUAUCUGUGCUAUCUCGGCUUCUUCUUAUCUGGCAGCACAAAGCCAGUGCUCAGGGAGACCCUGACGUCCCAGAAUGCCUUAAAGUUUGGGAGAGAUUUGUGGGCACACUGAAACAAAAUGCUCUGCAGGGAACUCUUCCUAAUGACACAGAAGAUCUGAAUGUUGAGCACCUCCAGCUGCUAUUGCUUAUUUUCCACAACUUCUCAGAGAAAGGCCGGAGGUCUAUCUUGACCCUUUGUAUCCAGACCAUCCUGGAACUGACUGUGAACAUGGACUCCCAGUUGCGGUCUGUGCCCCUUAUCCUGGCUCGCCUUCUACUGGUGUUCGACUACCUGCUUCAUCAGUAUUCCAAAGUUCCUGUAUACCUGUUUGAGCAAGUACAGUAUAACCUGCUAACCCAACCCUUUGGCUGGGUGAGUGGAUCCCAGGAUAGUAGUAGAAGAAUCUCUGUCCCUCUCUAUCAUGGAUUUAAAGAAGUGGAAGAAAACUGGACCAAACACUGCUCAUCAGAUGCAGUUCCACAGCCCAGAUUCUACUGCAUCCUGUCACCAGAAGCAUCGGAAGAUGACCUGAACCGCCUAGAUAACAUGGUUUGUGAGGUCCUGUUCUCUAGGACAAUGAAGUACGAUGAGCUUUAUGCAGCCCUGACCUCACUACUUGCAGCUGGAUCCCAGUUUGAUACCCUCAGGAGGAAGGAAAACAAAAACGUCACUGCACUGGAGGCCUGUGCACUUCAAUACUAUUUCUUGAUACUGUGGCGGAUAUUGGGGAUUUUGCCUCCAUCCAAAAACUACUUGAAUCAGCUGGCCAUGAACACACCAGAGAUGAGUGAAUGUGAUAUCCUGCACACUUUGCGCUGGUCUUCCCGCUUACGUAUCAGCUCCUAUGUCAGCUGGAUCAAGGAUCACCUUAUCAGACAGGGCAUGAAAGCUGAACAUGCUGCUUCUCUCAUUGAAUUGGCAUCUACCAAGUGCAGCUCAGUGAAAUAUGAUGUGGAAAUAGCAGAGGAGUACUUUGCUAGGCAGAUUUCCUCUUUCUGUGGGAUUGACUGUACCACAAUUCUCCAGCUGCAUGAGGUUCCCAGCUUGCAGUCCAUUUAUACCCUUGAUGCUGCAAUUUCCAAGAUCCAAGUUUCUCUAGAUGAGCAUUUUUCCAAGCUAGCUGCAGAAACCGACCCACACAAAUCAUCUGAGAUAACCAAGAAUCUGCUGCCUGCUACGCUACAGCUUAUUGACACUUAUGCUACAUUCACCAGAUCUUACUUACUGCAGAGCCUCUCUGAAGAGGGGUCCACUGAGAACAAACCUUCUGAAGAGAAGCUUCGGGGAUAUGCUGCUGUCCUGGCUAUUGGAUCUAGCCGCUGCAAAUCAAAUACUCUGGGCCCAACGCUUGUACAGAACUUGCCAUCAGCAGUGCAGGCUUUAUGUGAAUCCUGGAACAACAUUCAUACUAAUGAAUUUCCAAACAUUGGAUCAUGGCGCAAUGCCUUUGCGAAUGACACAAUCCCAGCAGAGAGCUACAUCAGUGCUGUUCAGGCUGCCCAUCUGGGCACACUCUGUAGCCAGACUCUGCCCCUCGCAGCCUCCUUAAAGCGUACCCUCCUCUCCUUGGUCAGACUCACUGGGGACCUCAUCGUCUGGUCAGAUGAACUGAACCCACCACAGGUUAUUCAUAGCUUGUUGCCCCUGCUGUUGGAGACCAGCAUGGAGAGUGUGGCAGAGAUCAGCAGCAACUCCCUAGAAAGGAUCCUGGGACCUGCGGAGUCUGAUGAAUUCCUGGCUCGUGUCUAUGAGAAGUUGAUCACAGGAUGUUAUAACAUUCUGGCUAAUCACUCCGACCCCAAUAGUGGCCUAGAUGAGUCAAUUUUGGAGGAGUGUUUGCAGCAUCUGGAGAAGCAGCUGGAGAGCAGCCAGGCCCGGAAAGCUAUGGAGGAAUUCUUCUCAGAGAGUGGAGAACUGGUCCAGAUCAUGAUGGCAACAGCCAAUGAAAAUCUCUCUGCUAAAUUCUGUAACAGAGUUCUGAAAUUCUUCACCAAACUCUUCCAGUUGACUGAGAAGAGCCCCAACCCCAGUCUGUUGCGACUGUGUGGCUCCUUGGCCCAGUUGGCCUGUGUUGAGCCUGUACGCCUACAGGCCUGGUUAACUAGGAUGACCAUGUCACCACCUAAAGAUUCAGAUCAAUUGGAUGUUGUUCAAGAGAACAGGCAGCUGCUGCAACUUCUGACAACAUAUAUUGUUCGGGAAAACAGCCAAGUCGGAGAAGGCGUGUGCACAGUUCUGCUGAGUACCCUUAUACCAAUGGCAACAGAAAUGUUGGCCAAUGGUGAUGGAACAGGCUUCCCUGAGCUCAUGGUUGUGAUGGCAACUCUGGCCAGUGCUGGGCAAGGUGCUGGACAUCUCCAGCUUCACAGUGCUGCAGUUGAUUGGCUGGGCAGAUGCAAGAAAUACCUGUCUCAAAAGAAUGUUAUAGAAAAAAUGAAUGCUAAUGUCAUGCAUGGAAAGCAUGUUACUAUACUGGAGUGUACAUGCCACAUUGUCUCUUAUCUGGCUGAUGUCACUAAUGCUCUGAGCCAGACCAGCGGCCAAGGACCCACUCAUCUUUCUGUUGAUGGAGAGGAACGGGCUAUCGAGGUGGAUUCAGACUGGGUGGAAGAGCUGGCAGUGGAAGAGGAAGAUUCUCAAGCUGAAGACUCAGAUGAAGAUUCUCUCUGCAACAAACUGUGCACCUUCACCAUCACACAGAAAGAAUUCAUGAACCAGCACUGGUACCACUGUCACACUUGUAAGAUGGUGGAUGGGGUUGGUGUUUGCACGGUUUGUGCUAAAGUUUGUCACAAGGACCAUGAGAUUUCUUACGCCAAAUAUGGUUCAUUCUUCUGUGACUGUGGAGCGAAGGAAGAUGGCAGUUGCCUGGCUUUGGUGAAGAGAACUCCCAGCAGUGGCAUCAGCUCUACCAUGAAGGAGUCUGCAUUCCAGAGUGAGCCCAGAGUGCCUGAGAGUGUCAUCCGCCAUGCGAGCAACUCCCCUGCUGAUAAAUCCAAGGUCACCAUCAAUGAUGGGAAAGGCCCUGAUGAAGAGAAACCCAAGAAGAGCAGCCUGUGUCGAAAUGUUGAGGGCUGUCGAGAGGAAUUGCAAUCCCAGGCCAACUUCUCCUUUGCUCCGCUAGUGUUGGAUAUGCUGAGCUUCCUAAUGGAUGCCAUUCAGAUCAACUUCCAGCAAGCUUCAGCCAUGGGCAGUAGCAGCCGAGCGCAGCAGGCUCUGAACGAGCUGCACGCUUUGGACAAGACAGUGGAAAUGACAGAUCAGUUGAUGGUCCCAACUCUUGGCUCUCAAGAAGGUGCUUUUGAGAAUGUCCGAAUGAAUUACAGUGGCGACCAGGGGCAGACAAUCAGACAGCUGAUCAGUGCUCACGUGCUGAGGCGGGUGGCAAUGUGCGUGCUGUCCUCCCCACAUGGGCGCCGCCAGCAUCUAGCUGUGAGCCACGAAAAGGGCAAGAUUACAGUGUUACAACUCUCAGCAUUGCUUAAACAAGCAGAUUCCAGCAAAAGGAAGUUAACCCUUACCCGCCUUGCAUCUGCACCGGUUCCCUUCACUGUACUGAGCCUAACAGGAAAUCCUUGCAAGGAAGACUAUCUAGCUGUGUGUGGGCUGAAGGACUGCCAUGUGCUAACAUUCAGCAGCUCUGGAUCAGUUUCCGAUCACUUGGUGCUCCACCCCCAACUAGCAACAGGAAACUUCAUCAUUAAGGCUGUGUGGCUGCCAGGAUCUCAGACAGAACUUGCUAUUGUGACUGCAGACUUUGUGAAGAUCUAUGACCUUUCUGUAGAUGCUUUGAGCCCAACGUUCUAUUUCCUUUUGCCAAGCUCCAAGAUCAGGGAUGUCACGUUUCUGUUCAAUGAGGAGGGAAAGAACAUCAUAGUUAUCAUGUCUUCUGCUGGGUACAUCUAUACUCAGCUCAUGGAGGAGGCGAGCAGUGCCCAGCAUGGACCAUUCUACGUUACCAAUGUGCUUGAAGUCAACCAUGAAGACUUGAAGGACAGUAAUGGCCAGGUGGCAGGAGGCGGCGUGUCUGUGUAUUAUUCCCAUGUCCUUCAGAUGCUUUUCUUCAGUUACUGUCAAGGCAAAUCUUUUGCAGCAACAAUUAGCAGGGCUACCCUGGAGGUACAUCGGCUUUUCCCGAUCAACAUAAAGAGUUCAAAUGGUGGGAGCAAGACCUCCCCAGCACUGUGCCAAUGGUCUGAGGUGAUGAACCAUCCUGGGUUGGUGUGCUGUGUUCAGCAGACCACAGGUAUUCCUCUGGUGGUCAUGGUGAAGCCAGAUACCUUCCUCAUCCAGGAGAUUAAAACCUUGCCAGCUAAAGCCAAGAUCCAGGACAUGGUGGCCAUCCGUCACACGGCCUGUAACGAGCAGCAGAGGACCACCAUGAUCCUUUUGUGUGAGGACGGCAGCCUGAGAAUAUACAUGGCAAAUGUGGAGAAUACUUCCUAUUGGCUCCAGCCCUCCCUUCAGCCUAGCAGUGUCAUCAGCAUCAUGAAGCCAGUUCGCAAACGCAAGGCAGCUGCUAUCACGACUCGUACCUCCAGUCAGGUGAACUUUCCCAUUGACUUCUUUGAACACAACCAGCAGCUCACAGAUGUGGAGUUUGGAGGCAAUGAUCUCUUGCAGGUUUAUAAUGCCCAGCAGAUAAAGCACCGGCUCAACUCCACUGGCAUGUAUGUGGCCAACACCAAGCCUGGUGGCUUUACCAUCGAAGUCACUAACAACAACAGCACAAUGGUGAUGACAGGCAUGAGGAUCCAGAUUGGCACUCAAGCAAUUGAGCGAGCUCCCUCCUACCUGGAGAUCUUUGGCCGCACCAUGCAGUUGAACAUGACCAGGGCUCGUUGGUUUGAUUUUCCUUUCACACGGGAGGAAGCCCUGCAAGCUGACAAAAAAUUAACCCUCUUCAUUGGGGCCUCUGUGGAUCCUGCUGGAGUCACAAUGAUGGAUGCUGUCAAAAUUUAUGGCAAGACUAAAGAGCAGUUUGGCUGGCCUGAUGAGCCCCCAGAGGAUUUCCCAUCUGCCUCAGUGAGCAAUGUUUGUCCCCCGAACCUGAAUCAAGGAAAUGGUACGGGAGACUUGGAGUCUGCUGCCCCUGCUGUUGCCAGUGGGACUGUCCUAGAGAGUUCUGAAACUGAGUCCCUAACCAUCCUGGACCGGCUAGUAGUGAGUUCUUUAGAAGCACUGGAAAGCUGCUUUGCUGUAGGACCAGUCAACGAGAAGGAAAAGAGCAAGGCUGCAGCUCAGGAACUGGCUACCAUGCUACUCUCAAUGCCAGCUCCCUCCAGCGUCCAGCAGCAAACCAAGAGUCUCCUGGCUAGCCUUCACACCAGCCGCUCAGCAUACCAUAACCACAAGGAUCAGGCCUUGCUGAGUAAAGCCAUCCAAUAUUUGAGCUCCUCCAGCAAAGAAGGGAAGGACCUGGACCCUGAAGUGUUUCAGAGGUUGGUGAUCACUGCUCGAUCCAUCGCAAUUAUGAGGCCGAACAACCUGGUUCAUUUCACGGAGUCAAAGUUGCCACAGAUGGAAACAGAGGGAGGUGAAGGAGGACAGGAAGCCCAGAAACACACUGAAGGAGAUGGGUGUAGUUUUAUCACCCAGCUGGUCAACCAUUUCUGGAAGCUACAUGCAUCAAAACCGAAAAAUGCCUUCCUGGCUCCUGCCUGCUUACCAGGUCUGACGCAUGUUGAAGCCACAGUCAACGCUCUGGUGGACAUUAUCCAUGGAUACUGCACAUGUGAACUGGAUUGUAUCAACACAGCAUCCAAGAUCUACAUGCAAAUGUUACUCUGUCCUGAUCCUGCAGUGAGCUUUUCCUGUAAACAAGCUUUAAUUCGAGUGCUGAGGCCGAGGAACAAGCGGAGGCAUGUGACGCUGCCAUCUUCUCCUCGCAGUAACACCCCCAUGGGAGAUAAGGACGAUGACGACGACGAUGACGCAGAAGACAAAAUGCAGAGCUCUGGGAUAGCAAAUGGCGAACAUAUUCGACAAGAGAGCCAGGAGCAAAGCGAGGUGGAUCAUGGGGACUUCGAGAUGGUGUCUGAGUCAAUGGUGCUGGAGACUUCUGAAAAUGUGAAUAAUGGCAACCCUUCUCCUCUGGAGGCUCUCCUGGCUGGAGCAGAGGGAUUCCCACCCAUGCUGGACAUUCCUCCAGAUGCAGAUGAUGAAACAAUGGUGGAGCUAGCCAUUGCCCUGAGCCUGCAACAAGACCAGCAAGGAAGCAGCAGCAGUGCACUUGGACUACAGAGCCUGGGACUGUCUGGCCAAGCUCCCAGUUCUUCAUCUCUUGAUGCUGGAACUCUCUCUGACACCACAGCGUCAGCUCCAGCAUCUGAUGAUGAAGGCAGCACAGCGGCAACGGAUGGCUCUACUCUUCGGACUUCACCAGCUGACCAUGGCGGCAGUGUGGGCUCUGAGAGUGGUGGCAGUGCCGUGGAUUCAGUGGCUGGCGAGCACAGUGUGUCUGGCCGCAGCAGCGCGUAUGGUGACACUACAGCUGAGGGCCAUCCAGCUGGACCAGGCAGUGUCAGCUCAAGCACCGGUGCCAUCAGUACCACCACAGGGCAGCAGGAAGGGGAUGGUUCAGAAGGAGAAGGCGAAGGAGAAGCUGAAGGAGAUGUCCACACCAGCAAUAGACUGCACAUGGUCCGUUUGAUGCUUUUGGAGAGGCUGUUGCAGACCUUACCCCAGCUGCGUAAUGUUGGAGGAGUCCGUGCCAUUCCAUACAUGCAGGUUGUUCUGAUGCUCACAACAGACCUAGAUGGUGAAGAUGAGAAGGACAAGGGUGCUCUAGAUAACCUUCUGUCUCAACUCAUCGCAGAACUGGGCAUGGAUAAAAAGGAUGUGUCUAAGAAGAAUGAACGUUCUGCCCUGAAUGAAGUUCACUUGGUGGUAAUGAGACUGCUUAGUGUGUUCAUGUCCAGGACCAAGUCAGGAUCCAAAUCUUCCAUUUGUGAGUCCUCUUCCCUCAUUUCCAGUGCCACUGCUGCAGCAUUGCUGAGCUCUGGCGCAGUUGAUUACUGUUUGCACGUUCUGAAGUCGCUGCUGGAAUACUGGAAAAGCCAGCAGAAUGAUGAGGAGCCCGUAGCCACCAGCCAGCUGCUGAAACCCCACACUACCUCUUCUCCACCUGACAUGGGCCCCUUCUUUCUCCGGCAAUACGUGAAGGGUCAUGCAGCAGAUGUUUUUGAGGCCUAUACUCAGCUUUUGACAGAGAUGGUGCUGCGCUUACCUUAUCAAAUCAAGAAAAUUGCUGACACAAACUCCCGGAUCCCACCACCCAUCUUCGAUCAUUCCUGGUUCUACUUCCUAUCUGAGUACCUGAUGAUCCAGCAGACUCCGUUUGUACGUCGCCAAGUCCGCAAACUCCUUCUCUUCAUCUGUGGAUCAAAGGAGAAGUACCGGCAGCUCCGAGACCUGCACACUUUGGAUUCUCAUGUUCGCGGUAUCAAAAAACUCCUGGAAGAACAAGGGAUUUAUCUGCGGGCAAGUGUGGUCACUGCAAGUUCAGGCUCUGCCCUACAGUAUGAUACACUGAUCAGCCUGAUGGAACACUUGAAGGCUUGUGCAGAGAUCGCCACGCAGCGGACAGUGAACUGGCAGAAAUUCUGCAUUAAAGAUGAUUCUGUUCUCUAUUUUCUCCUUCAAGUCAGUUUUCUGGUAGACGAGGGAGUGUCACCAGUUCUUCUGCAGCUUCUGUCCUGUGCUUUGUGUGGCAGUAAAGUGCUGUCUGUGGCUUCAUCCUCUGGAUCAUCCAGCACCUCUUCUACGUCUGCUCCAGCAGGCACUGGGCAGCCAACAACGCAGAGCAAGUCCUCCACCAAAAAGAGCAAGAAGGAAGAAAAGGAAAAAGAGCGAGAAGGUGAGAGUGCUGGCAGCCAAGAAGACCAGCUCUGCACGGCUCUGGUGAACCAGCUGAAUAAAUUUGCUGACAAGGAAACUCUUAUUCAGUUCCUGCGCUGCUUCUUGCUGGAGUCCAACUCCUCCUCUGUGCGGUGGCAGGCACACUGCCUGGCCCUCCACAUCUACAGGAACUCUAACAAGUCUCAGCAAGAGCUGCUGUUAGAUCUCAUGUGGUCAAUAUGGCCAGAACUCCCAGCCUAUGGACGGAAGGCUGCCCAGUUUGUGGAUCUCCUGGGAUACUUCUCUCUGAAAACACAACAGACUGAGAAAAAGUUGAAGGAGUACUCUCAAAAGGCUGUUGAGAUCCUCCGAACCCAAAACCACAUCCUUACCAACCAUCCUAAUUCCAACAUUUACAACACGCUGUCUGGCCUGGUGGAAUUUGAUGGCUAUUAUUUGGAGAGUGAUCCUUGUCUUGUCUGCAACAAUCCAGAAGUUCCAUUCUGUUACAUCAAGCUGUCUUCCAUCAAGGUGGACACACGGUAUACCACUACCCAGCAGGUGGUGAAGCUGAUUGGCAGCCACACCAUUAGCAAAGUGACAGUGAAGAUAGGAGAUCUGAAAAGGACCAAAAUGGUCCGGACUAUCAACCUCUAUUACAACAACAGGACAGUGCAGGCCAUAGUGGAGCUGAAAAACAAGCCUGCCCGUUGGCACAAAGCCAAAAAGGUACAGCUGACCCCAGGCCAAACAGAGGUGAAGAUUGAUUUGCCACUGCCCAUUGUGGCUUCAAACUUGAUGAUUGAAUUUGCAGAUUUCUAUGAGAAUUACCAGGCCUCCACAGAAACCCUGCAGUGCCCUCGGUGCAGCGCAUCUGUCCCAGCCAACCCUGGGGUGUGUGGGAACUGUGGCGAGAACGUGUACCAGUGCCACAAGUGCAGAUCCAUUAAUUAUGAUGAGAAGGAUCCUUUCCUCUGCAAUGCCUGUGGGUUCUGUAAAUACGCUCGCUUUGACUUCAUGCUGUAUGCCAAGCCUUGCUGUGCAGUGGAUCCAAUAGAAAAUGAAGAGGAUCGGAAGAAGGCAGUAACAAAUAUCAACACUCUUCUGGAUAAGGCUGACAGAGUGUAUCAUCAGCUGAUGGGACACCGGCCACAGCUGGAAAACCUGCUGUGCAAAGUAAAUGAGGCUGCUCCUGAAAAGCCACAGGAGGACUCCGGUAGCAGUGGUGGGAUCAGCUCCUCCUCAGCUAGUGUGAACAGGUACAUACUACAGCUAGCGCAGGAGUACUGUGGUGACUGCAAGAAUUCUUUUGAUGAACUCUCCAAGAUCAUUCAGAAAGUUUUUGCUUCUAGAAAGGAGCUCCUGGAAUAUGAUCUCCAGCAGAGAGAGGCAGCAACCAAAUCAUCCCGAACCACUGUCCAGCCUACAUUUACUGCCAGCCAAUAUCGUGCUUUGUCUGUCUUAGGCUGUGGCCACACAUCUUCAACAAAAUGUUAUGGCUGUGCUUCAGCCGUCACUGAGCACUGCAUAACGCUGCUCCGGGCCCUGGCAACCAACUCUGCCAUCAGGCACAUUCUUGUGUCCCAGGGCCUUAUCCGAGAACUGUUUGAUUACAACUUGCGCCGGGGCGCAGCCACGAUGCGGGAAGAGGUCCGUCAGCUCAUGUGCCUUCUGACCAGAGACAAUCCAGAGGCCACACAACAAAUGAAUGACCUAAUCAUCGGGAAGGUUUCUGCAGCUCUGAAAGGACACUGGGCAAACCCUGAUCUGGCUAGCAGCCUCCAGUAUGAAAUGUUAUUGCUGACAGAUUCCAUCUCUAAGGAGGAUAGCUGCUGGGAGCUGCGACUGCGCUGUGCUCUCAGCCUCUUCUUGAUGGCAGUGAACAUUAAAACUCCCGUAGUUGUUGAGAACAUCACCCUAAUGUGUCUGCGAAUUCUACAAAAACUGAUCAAACCGCCUGCUCCAACCAGCAAGAAAAACAAGGACAUCCCUGUCGAUGCUCUCACCACUGUUAAACCUUACAGCAAUGAGAUCCAUGCUCAGGCUCAGCUCUGGCUCAAGAGGGACCCCAAAGCAUCAUAUGAGGCCUGGAAAAAGUGCCUCCCUGCCAGAGGUACAGAAGCCAAUGGGAAAGCUCCCAGCAGAACUGAGCUUCGCCAGCUCUACUUGUCAGAAAAGUAUGUUUGGAAAUGGAAACAGUUCAUGAGCCGACAUGGGAAGAGAACCUGCCCUCUGGAUCUCAAACUGGGACAUAACAACUGGUUGCGACAGGUACUGUUUACUCCUGCAACCCAAGCUGCCAGGCAGGCUGCAUGCACUAUUGUGGAAGCUCUGGCUACCAUCCCCAGCCGGAAGCAGCAGGUCCUCGAUCUCCUUACCAGCUACUUGGAUGAGCUGAGCAUUGCUGGAGAGUGUGCUGCCGAGUACCUGGCUUUGUAUCAGAAACUCAUCAAGCCCGCCCACUGGAAGGUCUACCUGGCAGCAAGAGGCGUUCUGCCCUACGUUGGCAACCUCAUCACUAAGGAAAUAGCUCGUUUACUUGCCCUGGAGGAAGCCACACUCAGCACUGACCUGCAGCAGGGAUAUGCCUUGAAGAGCCUCACAGGUCUUCUCUCUUCAUUUGUGGAAGUGGAGUCCAUCAAACGACACUUCAAGAGCCGUCUGGUGGGCACAGUCUUGAAUGGCUAUCUCUGCCUGAGGAAGCUGGUAGUGCAGAGAACAAAGCUGAUCGAUGAGACCCAGGACAUGUUGCUGGAGAUGCUGGAGGAUAUGACAACAGGCACAGAAUCUGAAACAAAGGCGUUUAUGGCCGUUUGUAUUGAAACUGCUAAACGCUACAGCCUUGAUGACUACCGGACUCCUGUCUUCAUCUUUGAAAGACUUUGCAGUAUUAUCUAUCCUGAAGAAAAUGAAGUGACUGAGUUCUUUGUAACACUGGAGAAGGAUCCCCAGCAGGAAGAUUUCUUGCAGGGAAGGAUGCCAGGGAACCCCUACAGCAGUAAUGAGCCGGGCAUUGGGCCGCUCAUGAGGGACAUCAAGAACAAAAUCUGCCAGGACUGCGACCUUGUGGCUCUAUUGGAGGAUGACAGUGGAAUGGAGCUUCUGGUGAACAAUAAGAUCAUCAGCUUGGAUUUGCCUGUGGCUGAGGUCUACAAGAAGGUCUGGUGUCCCACCAAUGAGGGGGAGCCAAUGAGGAUCAUUUACCGCAUGCGAGGGUUGCUAGGAGAUGCGACUGAAGAAUUCAUCGAGUCGCUGGACUCCACUACAGAUGAAGAGGAGGAUGAGGAAGAGGUUUAUAAAAUGGCCGGUGUGAUGGCGCAGUGUGGCGGCCUGGAGUGCAUGCUGAACCGACUGACUGGAAUCAAGGAUUUCAAACAAGGUCGACAUCUCUUGACAGUGCUGUUAAAACUGUUCAGCUACUGUGUGAAAGUGAAAGUGAACCGUCAGCAGCUGGUCAAACCUGAGAUGAACACUUUGAAUGUCAUGCUGGGAACUCUGAAUUUGGCCCUGGUAGCUGAGCAGGAGAGCAAGGACAGUGGAGGAGCAGCUGUGGCAGAGCAGGUGCUUAGCAUCAUGGAGAUCAUAUUGGAUGAGUCUAAUGCAGAACCACUGAGUGAGGACAAGGGUAACCUCCUCCUUACUGGUGACAAGGAUCAGCUGGUAAUGCUGCUGGAUCAGAUUAACAGCACUUUUGUCCGCUCCAAUCCCAGUGUUUUGCAAGGCCUGUUACGCAUCAUCCCUUAUCUGUCCUUUGGGGAAAUGGAGAAAAUGCAGAUCCUGGUUGAUCGAUUCAAGCCCUACUGUAACUUUGACAAGUAUGAUGAGGAACACAGUGGAGAUGAUAAAGUUUUCCUGGACUGUUUCUGUAAAAUAGCAGCUGGCAUAAAGAAUAACAGCAACGGGCAUCAGCUGAAAGAUCUCAUCCUCCAGAAGGGGAUUACACAGAAUGCACUCGACUACAUGAAAAAGCAUAUCCCCAGUGCAAAGAAUUUGGAUGCAGACAUAUGGAAGAAGUUUUUAUCUCGUCCAGCACUUCCUUUCAUCCUGAGGCUCCUUCGAGGGCUCGCCACACAACACCCUGCCACACAGGUACUAAUAGGCACAGACUCUAUUACAAACCUGCACAAAUUGGAGCAAGUGUCCAGUGACGAAGGUAUUGGAACGUUAGCUGAGAACCUGCUGGAGGCACUGAGGGAACAUCCAGAGGUGAACAGAAAGAUAGAUGCUGCCCGAAAGGAGACACGUGCAGAGAAGAAGCGCAUGGCCAUGGCAAUGAGGCAAAAAGCCUUAGGCACUCUGGGAAUGACGACUAAUGAAAAGGGCCAGGUGGUGACAAAGACUGCACUCCUCAAACAGAUGGAAGAGCUGAUAGAAGAGCCAGGACUGACCUGCUGUAUCUGCAGGGAAGGAUAUAAGUUCCAGCCUACAAAGGUUCUGGGUAUUUACACUUUCACCAAGCGGGUUGCCCUUGAAGAGUUUGAGAACAAACCCCGAAAGCAGCAGGGAUACAGCACGGUCUCUCAUUUCAACAUUGUCCAUUAUGACUGUCAUCUUGCAGCUGUGAGACUGGCUCGUGGCCGGGAAGAAUGGGAGAGUGCAGCUCUACAAAAUGCCAACACCAAGUGCAAUGGUCUUCUACCAGUGUGGGGGCCCCGUGUACCAGAGUCUGCUUUUGCAACCUGCUUAGCAAGACACAACACAUACCUCCAGGAGUGCACAGGGCAGCGGGAACCCACCUACCAGCUCAACGUCCAUGACAUUAAGCUACUAUUUCUCCGUUUCGCUAUGGAGCAGUCAUUCAGUGUGGACACCGGAGGAGGAGGAAGGGAGAGCAACAUACACCUCAUUCCAUAUAUAAUUCACACUGUGCUUUAUGUCCUUAACACGACCCGAGCAACUUCCAGAGAGGAAAAGAACCUUCAGAGUUUUAUGGAGCAUCCCAAGGAGAAAUGGGUGGAGAGUGCCUUUGAGGUGGAUGGGCCCCAUUACUACACAGUUCUGGCACUACACAUCAUGCCCCCAGAGAAGUGGAAAGCCAUGCGGGUUGAGAUCCUCAGGAGGCUGCUGGUUAUUUCACAUGCACGUGUGGUGUCGCCAGGGGGAGCCAGCAGACUGACCGAUAAAGCAGUGAAGGAGUAUUCAGCGUAUCGCUCUGGCCUUCUCUUCUGGGCCCUAGUAGAUCUCAUUUACAACAUGUUCAAGAAGGUGCCUACCAGUAACACAGAGGGAGGCUGGUCCUACUCUCUGGCUGAAUUUAUUCGACACAAUGAUAUGCCAAUACAUGAAGCUGCAGACAAGGCCCUGAAAACUUUCCAGGAGGAGUUUAUGCCAGUUGAAACCUUUUCUGAAUUUUUGGAUGUGGCUGAACUAUUAUCAGAAAUCAACGAUCCUGACAGCUUCCUCAAGGAUCUUUUGAACUCCAUUCCCUGAGCACAGAGAAGCAACUUGCAGAGAUCUACAGUAGCUUGCCUUCCAUCUCUGUGUGUCCCUCCUUGUGCAGUCUUUCCCUCCCCUAAGUAGUUCUGCAUUUUUUUAUUUUCUACACCUUUUUUUCUUGGAGUGAUUUGACAUUUAGGCUUCUUGUUUUAUCUGGUACUUCAGUGCUUCUAUAUAUAAAGCCUCGUGUAUUCCAGGCAAUCGAAGGAACUUGUACAGACUGAGAAAUCCCAGCCAGUGAAUCUUAACACUUUUUAGUGUGCACCUCUUUGAAAUUAAAUAAAUUAAACACAACAGGUCAAGGUGGGUUUGACUAAUAAUUUAAUCAGGCAGUAACAGCCUAAACACCAGGUUCCCUUUUGUCUCGUAUCUCCAAGCUUCUUUGUUACUGCAGUUCACUUGGGUUCAGGGUUGUUUCUCUUUUCAGCCCCUAGUGUGGAUGAGGAGCAUGUAAAAACCAACAGAGUUGUAGUGCUCAAGGACUCAGUUUGUGACGCUACAUUUACUGACUCAUUUUUCAUACAGCAUAAAACAGGUUUUCUCUUUUUGGGGUGUUUGAGGUCAAUGGAAUACAAGGACAGCAUGUUAUGCUUGAUUCCCUCAUCGUUAUUGUGAAGAGAGGAUCGCUUUCACCACUGCAGUGAUUUCUCUUAACGCCUUGUGUGUUUCUCCUUUCAUUGAGCCUACUGGAAUUUAAUAUUAUAAAUGAUUGAUGCAUGUUUUGUGUACCGAGGUCUUUCUAGAUUCCAUUCACUCUAGGGAUGUCUUCAAAACAAGAAUGCACACUAGUGGGUUGGGUAAUUUAUCGUACAGGGAGAUCUCACCCAUGCAGGGGAUGGAGUUAAGGAAAUGGGACAUUUUUGCAAUUAAAACCUGUUCCUUAGUAUCUGAUAAAGUUUUGAUUCCUUUGAGAUCUAUGUGGGAAUAGACAAAGUAGGCCUGUCAAGAUGGCUGCAAGUCUUUUUAAUGGUAUCAGGCUUGCAUUCUGUGGUGUGUACCCUAGCUUGAAUCCAGGCAUCAGUCUCUUUGAACACAGCCUUGGCUCUUCUCAGCAAGUUAUGCAUGCUGGUAACGUCCCUUUGCCAUCAUCUCUGCUGUCGUGUAACCAGCUUCAGUCUGGUUAACCUGGUAUCCAAUAAAGCUUUCCCCAUCAUUCUG